GUGCAUUGUGGGAAGAGGUCAGUACAAACAAGAUGGAGACGUCAAAUUCUCUGGAAGAAGCACUUAAGAAUGUCAAUUUACUUGAUGAUCUAGCUCUUUGUGAUGAACAACCAGUGAUAGAAGCACCUGCUGCAUCAAUCACUUAUAUUCCUAAUUUUGACACCAACUUUGAAGACAGCGAAGCCUUUAUUACAUGCAAUAGUAAAUAUUUAGAAGAAGCGAGAAUGCAUCGAGGACUGAAAGAAAUGCUUGAAGAAGGUGAAUCAUUUGCUGUAAUGUUGUACACAUGGAGAUGUUGUUCUAGAGCUAUUCCUUCUGUCAAAAGUGAUGAUCAACCCAAUAGAGUUGAGAUUUACGAAAAGACAGUUAGCGUUGUUGAACCUGAGAUAAAUAAACUCAAGAAAUUUAUGUAUUUUGCUGAAAAUGCUGUGUCACGAUUUUGUGAAGAAGUGAAAACUUUGUGCCAUCCUGAAAAGAAGAAGGAUUUCAUUUCUGAAACAUAUUUACUGACGAUGGGCAAAGUUCUUAACAUGUUUGCUGUGUUAGAUGCUCUCAAAGACAUGAAAGCAUGUAUAAACAAUGAUUAUUCUUGUUUCAAAAGGGCACAUGGUUUUUUGAAUCGUGGCACAGUUGAUACAGCUGCUAUUGAGCUCUCUCAAAAACUCUCUUUGUUUUUGGCCACAAAGAAUAAAAUCAGAGACAUUCUCAAACAUGGCUUGGGAAAAAUUGUAGGAUUUGAUGAGCUCUUAUCAGAUGUUGUAAAUUUAUGCUGUAAAUUAUAUGAGCAGAAUCUGUAUUUGCUACCCAAUGAUAAGCAUAUGUUAUUAAAGGUCAUUGGAUUCAGUUUGUUUCUCCUUGAUGGUGAGGUCAUACAAAUUGCAAAACUAGAUCAAAAGAAACGAAUCAGUAUUUCUAAAAUUGACAAGUUUUUCAAACUUCUUCCUGUUGUUCCAUUGUUUGGAGAUAUGCAAAUUGAACUUGUAAGUUAUGUGAAGAUGUGUCCAAAUUAUAAAUCAGAUGCAGAUAAAUGGAAUUGUGCAGGAAGCAAUGCGGAAGAAAAAGUAAUAUCUCAGUAUAACUUGUUAACAAAAAUGGAUACAAUUCGAGAUGAGCAUCUUCAUUAUAUCAGUGAACUUGCUCGUUAUAAUAACGAGAUGAUUACAUCAAGUACUACACCUCGCAGUUCAAGUCAGCAUCGUGAGUUACGAAAGUUGGCUUUGAGAGGUUUACAGUUACUUUCAAGUUGGAACACCCAACUUAUGGAACUGUACUCAUGGAAAUUAAUCCAUCCUACUGAUAAAUAUGCUAAUCCUCAAUGUCCUGAUCAAGCUGAAGACUACGAAAGGGCCACUAGAUAUAAUUAUACAAGUGAGGAAAAAUUUGCUUUGGUUGAGGUGAUUGCGUUCAUCAAAGGACUUUAUGUUCUCAUGUCAAAACUGGAGACAGUUUUUUCUGAAGCAAUCAGACAUUCCAUUCAUGAUGAUUUUCAAAACUUCAUUCAGAAAUCUUUACGUGAACCUUUGAGAAAAGUUGUUAAAAAAAAACAAGCGGCAGUUGUAAAAACUGUUCUUAUGACCAUCCGUGAUACUGGUUCAGAUUUUAAUUUUGAUGUUAAGAAGAAAGAUGAUGAUCCAAUUUUGAAAGGAGAGAAAGACUCCAAGUCAGGUUAUCAGGUUACUAUUCCAGACAGAAAUGUUGGACCUUCUAGUACUCAGUUGUAUAUGGUGCGAACGACGUUAGAGUCUUUGAUUUCCGAGAAAGCUGGUGCUGGCAAAAGGAGCAUGCGUAAAGAGCUAGAAAAGGAGACUGUGGAAGCGAUCGAACAAUUUUUGAAGUUUUCUUUUUUCUUCCGUCAUUUGCUGCAUUUCAGUGAAACAUUAAGGGAAUGUUGCGAUCUUUCUCAACUCUGGUUCCGAGAAUUUUUCUUAGAAAUGACUAUGGGCAAACGAAUACAGUUUCCUAUUGAAAUGUCGAUGCCAUGGAUUCUUACUGAACACAUCUUGGAUACGCAAGAGCCAAGCAUGAUGGAGUAUGUAUUAUACCCCCUUGAUUUGUACAAUGACAGUGGAGAAUACGCACAAUCAAAAUUCAAAAAACAAUAUUUAUACGAUGAAAUUGAAGCCGAGGUUAACUUGUGCUUUGAUCAAUUUGUCUAUAAACUCAGUGAAUACGUGUUUGCGUAUUUUAAAGCUCAAGCCUGCAGUAUGAUAUUACCAAAAAAAUUUGUCUCAGAGUGUUCACGAAGAGAAAUUGGCAGAAUAAAUUCUCCUACAUCAAACUUAUACGAAACUUUAUUGAAACAAAGACAUGUUCAGUUACUUGGACGUUCUAUUGAUCUCAAUCGUCUUCUUACUCAACGUAUAAACACGGCCAUGCUGAAAUCAAUAGAUGUUGCCAUUGCAAGAUUUGAGAGUGGAAGUUUGUGUGGAAUUGUUGAUCUUGAGAAUUUACUACAAGUCAUUCAUCAGACUCACGUUCUCCUAUCAAAGUACAUGUCUCUUAUUCCAUAUGACGCAAUGUUAAAAGAAGUUGAUCACAGUGUUUCUGCUCCUUAUGGAAGAACCACUCUUCACGUUUUCUGGGAGUUGAACUUUGAUUUUCUUCCUAAUUAUUGUUAUAACUCUGCCACCAACAGGUUUGUUAAAACUUCACUAUCCUUUGGGGAGGAAGUCCAAAGAGAAAAUCCACCAAAAGCUAGUCAUCAUUAUUUUUUUGGAACUAAGGCUCAGAAUGUGGCUUUUGCCAGCAUCAAUACGCUGUACAAUAGUUUUGUUGGUCCGCCACAUUUUGAAUCGAUGACGCGUCUCCUUGGUUACCAAGGAAUUGCUGUUGUUAUUGACGAAUUGUUGAAAGUCAUAAAAAGUUUGCUUAAUGGUCAAUUGAAGAAUUAUAUUGUUGAGUUGAUUCAAGGUCUUCCCAAGAAAUGUGGUUUACCACGAUAUGAAUAUGGCUCUAAAGCUGUACUGGAAUAUUACCACGCGCAUCUUGAACCGUUGGUGCAAUACAGAGAGCUGAGAACUGAUGUAUGUCAAUCUUUCAGAGAAAUUGGAAAUGGAAUUUUAUUCGUAAUUCUUAUUGAGCAAAGUAUGUCUAUUGAUGAAGUUCUUGAUUUAUUACAUGCUGCACCAUUUCAAGGAAUUAUACCUCGUCCUUAUCUUCAAGAGGGAGAAAAGAUUGAAAGUAAAAUGAAAAAACUUGAACAACAAUAUGCUCCAUUUCAAAUUGUUUCUUUAGUUUCAAAAUUGGGAACAAAAGAGCAAAUAAGGAUCGCCCAGGAAGGAGAGCUUCUUACAAAGGAAAGAUUGUGUUGUGGUUUGUCACUUGUCGAAGUAAUGUUAAAAAAAAUCCAGACUUUUUUGAGCGAUGAAGUUUGGCAAACGUCCAUUCCACAAAAUGGAGUAAUGACGAUAGAGGAAUGUAAAGAUUUUCAUUCGUUAUGGAGUGCGAUUUUAUUCAUUAUCUGUCAACCUACUGGACAGUAUGAGUAUUCAGUAGAGCAACUAUUUGGUGAAGGUUUAAAUUGGGCUGGAUGUUCCUUCGUCUUGUUAUUGAAUCAACAAAAGAGAUUUGAAGCUUUGGAUUUCUGUUCUCAUAUUGUCAAAGUAUAUGAUGUUGAUCCCAGAGAUGAGACUGUCGCUGGUGUUAAACUGAGACGUCUUGUAGAGAAAGCAAGAAACGUGAAGAUCUUAAACAUGCAAAUAUUUGCGUCGUUGAAUAAAUAUUUAAAGUCAAGCGAAGGAUCUUCAGAACAAGUGCGAUGUUUUCAACCACCAAUACAUCAACCUUACGUUUCUUCUAUUUAGUACGAAAUAAAAAUGGUUUUUUACCUCAAUUUAUUAUCGUCCGUUAUAACAUUCAUAUAAUGUUGAUUGUAUCAAACUUUUUUCUAAGUAAACGUAUGGCUAAAUAUUGUAUAAUUCCGUUUUUAUUUGUUUAAUUUUUUAAUUCAAUCGUGAACGAAUCGUCAAGUUUAUGAUUGUAAAAGUUGAAAUGUAGUAAUUCUUGUAAUUUUUAUAAUUGUACUUUGAUAUUACAUUAUAAAGCGCCAUAAGCGAAAAUUAAAAGUAAGUCAAUGUAGAAUAAAAGUCAACUGUUCGUACAUUGUAACAGUUUGAAAAGAGAGAAAA